AUGGACGUUCAGACAGAGAACCUUCGGCUCGCCAUGAACUAUGCCGAGCAGAAGCAGGACAUCAUCGACGCCUUGGACAAACAGAUUAAGAGGGAGCGCGAGGUCUUCAAGACGGCGGUCAGCGCGAAUACGGAGAACACUCGCAAGCUCCAUGAUUUGCUGCUCAAGGCUACGCAGGGUACAUGGGUCGACGUUGACACCGCCGCGUUGAUUGCCGAUCUCAAAGACCGCAAUUUGCGCUUACUCUGCACCAACCGCGCUCUCCUCGUUAGCUUCGCCGGCAUGGAACCCAACACUCUUGUUCUCGCCAUUCAUGGUCUUCGAGCUGCCGAGGUCGACCUUUCAACACUCGAUCUUGACCAAGACACGUUCCUCGCUCUUCAGCAAAUUCAACAAGAGGCGGGCGACCAAGAAGAUCCGUUCGCUCUUGCUGUAGCCUUGGCUAAGACUGCUCAACAAGUUCAGAGCAGUGCUUCCAAGCGUAGUCGUCAUGGAAGUGACGAUGGCAGCUCCGAUGAUUCAUCUGAGGAGAAGACUCCAGUUCCAUCUGGUCGAGGUAGUAGAGCAGGGUCGCCAGCUGCUACUGGCGAAAAACGGCUGCGGCUGCUUCAAGUCCAACUCCCAGUCGUCAAGGUUGAAGAAUUCGCGCACGAGUUGGAGUUACCAGAAAAGAGCGGAUACCGCUUCUACCCCGUGGUGCACGUGUCAAGACUCAAGACUGUAAACGAGUAUCUAAGUCGACCGAAGACUCGGUUGACGCAAGAUGUAACCGAGGAUAUAAGGCUUGACUUCGAUGAGGAGCUGUUGCCUGAAGAUAGCUGGGAACCGGAUCACCUUGCAGGGGAAUAUGAGGUCGAGACCAUCCUCGAUAACCGAAUGUAA